AUCCCAGUAAGACAUGGUGUCCGUAUUGUGCAAAUAAGGUCAGUCAUACAAUUGAAGAUGCUAAGCAAGUUGCUUUUUGUAAGAAUGGAGAAUGCCUUUCCGAAACGUAUGAUAAUAGUUUUUCACCUUUAUCAUGGCAUUGUUCUGAAGGGCAUGAGUGGAAUGCAUCUUUUAACAAUGUGAAAAAUAAUAAGACGUGGUGUCCAUAUUACGCAAAUAAUAGACCUUGUACACUUGAAGAUGCUAAACAAUUGGCUUAUAAUAGAAAGGGAGCUGAAUAUUAUAUUAAUAAUCGUUCAGCUUUAUUAUGGAUGUGUGAUAAAAAGCAUAGAUGGUUUGCUACUUUUGAUAAUCAAGUGCGGGAUCAACUCAAGAAAGAAUUAUGCAAGGAGAAUCAGAUUGCACUAAAGUAUGUUUGGUAUUACGAAGACUCAUUUGUAGUUAUUCCAGAGCAUCUUUGUGAAUUAGGUCUUAUUGAGUUAACUCGAAACUUUAAAUGCGUUUGCAAUUUUGCGAAUUAG